AACUUUAACUUCAAAAAUCCACCUUAUUUAAAAAAAAAAAAAAAAAAAAAUCAACCCAAACCAUUAGAGUAUGGAGUAGCUUAUUAUUUAUUUAAAGAUACAAGUAGCAGCCAUUAAGAAUACUUUUAAUUACUCUUUUAUAACAAAAAUUAUUAUGACAGCUACAUAUGAAUUGAAAAAAAAAAAAAAAAUUGUUGUCAGUAGUGAUCCUGUGCUAUAAAAUGGAUGAAACCUCAAAGGAAAAGUGUAGACCAAGAGUAGUUCAGGCAAAGAAUAAAAAUAUGCCUGACCAACUUUACUCCUCACUUUUCUCUCUCCUCCCCCAAAAUUAUGUCAAAGGAGAUUCUCCAUGUGAUCAUAUAGAAGAGGCAGCAAAUUACAUAAAAGAUUUGGAGAAGAAUGUCAAGGAGCUUCAAGAUAAGAGAGAAAAGCUUAAGAAUUCUUUAUCUGAAAUGCCAAAUGAUGUUGGAUCAUCCUCGUCAUCCAUCACUAGUAAUACUAAUCCUUCCAUUAACGAAAAUUACGUGAAGAUUAAGACAUCCGUGGAUGAGUUAGAGAUUGAGAUUAACACCGCGAUUGAAGAGGAGGAUGUGUUUCCUUUAUCAAAAGUGCUCAAAAUGUUACAACUUGAUGAAGGUCUUAAUGUUGUUAAUUAUGCUUACUCUAAAGUUAACCACAGAUGGAUGUAUGUCAUUCAGUUUGGUGCAAUGGUUCGGCCGCAAUUUAGUGUGGUGGAAUAGAUAGCAAGUUGGCAACCACACAAAUUCAAUCAAUGUCAAAAGAGUUAAAGAUAAACGUAGAAUAAUUAUGAGUGUUA